AUGCGUUCCGUCACGCUUAAGGAUGUUAAACAAGAUAAGGUCGUCAAGAUCGUCACUGCCCACUUGAAGACGGGCAAGGUCAAGGUCCUAGAACACACAUACCCCGACUGGUUCUAUGUACGCUGUGCCGCCAUCCUGCGUCAUAUCUACAUCCCCGUCGGAGUCAAGACCGUCACCAGGAUCCUUGGUGGCCACAAACGCAACGGUGUCACACCCUCAGCUUCUGCAGAUUGUCCGGCAGCAUCGCCCGCUAGGCGCUCCAGGCCUUGGCAGCCUUGA